AUGGAGCAAGAGGAGAUCCUGAGGAAAUUCAUCCAGAGCGUCCAGGCCAUGAAGGACACGGACCACAAUGGGGACGACAACUUCGCCAGCGACUUCAUGAGGUUAAGAAGAUUAUCAACCAAAUAUAGAACUGAAAAAAUCUAUCCAACAGUCACUGGAGAAAAAGAAGAAAAUGUUAAAAAGAACAGAUAUAAGGACAUACUGCCAUUUGACCACAGCCGAGUUAAACUGACUUUAAAAACACUCCCGCAAGAUUCAGACUAUAUCAAUGCAAAUUUUAUUAAGGGAGUACAUGGGCCACAAGCAUAUGUUGCUACCCAGGGACCAUUAGCAAACACUGUAAUAGAUUUCUGGAGGAUGAUAUGGGAGUACAAUGUUGCAAUAAUUGUAAUGGCCUGUCGAGAGUUUGAAAUGGGACGGAAAAAAUGUGAGCGGUACUGGCCUUUGCAUGGAGGAGAAAGUGUAACUUUUGGACCAUUUCAGAUUUCUUGUGAAGCUGAACAAGCAAGAACAGACUACUAUAUUAGAACGCUAUUACUUGAAUUUCAAAAUGAAACUCGUAGGGUAUAUCAGUUUCAUUACGUGAACUGGCCUGACCACGAUGUACCUUCGUCUUUUGAUUCUAUUCUGGACAUGAUCAGCUUAAUGAGAGAAUACCAGGAGCAUGAAGAUGUGCCUAUUUGUAUACACUGCAGUGCAGGGUGUGGAAGAACGGGAGCCAUCUGUGCCAUAGAUUAUACAUGGAAUUUGCUAAAAGCUGGGAAAAUACCAGAAGAGUUCAAUGUGUUUAAUUUAAUACAAGAUAUGAGGACACAAAGGCAUUCUGCAGUGCAGACCAAGGAGCAGUAUGAACUUGUCCAUCGAGCCAUAGCACAACUGUUUGAAAAGCAACUACAGAAAUAUGAGAGUCACACAGACUGGAAGAUUGCUGAUGGAGUGAAUGAAACUAGUACAGAGAAAACUGUCAAUUCUGUAGAUCUUGAGAAACAGGACUCUCCUCCACCAAAGCCUCCACGGACCCGCAGUUGUCUUGUAGAAGGAGAUGUUAAGGAAGAAAUCUUGCAGCCUCCAGAGCCUCACCCAGUACCACCCAUCUUAACACCAUCUCCUCCUUCAGCUUAUCCGACAGUCACUACUGUGUGGCAGGACAAUGAUAGAUACCAUCCAAAGCCAGUUUUGCACAUGGUUUCAUCAGACCAUUCAACAGACCUCAAUGAAAACUAUAAUAAAUCAACAGAACAUUCAGGAAAAAAUGAACCCAAUGAACAUGUGGAGAAAAAGCUGGAGCGUAACUUAAGUUUUGAAAUUAAGAAGGUACCUCUUCAGGAGGGACCACGAAGCUUUGAUGGGAAUACUCUUUUGAACCGAGGACAUGCAAUUAAAAUGAAGUCUGUUUCAUCUUGUGUAAUGGAUAAGAACUCUAAGCCACUGGAUCAUAGUUCAGGGGAUUCGCUUGUAGACUCUUUUCAAAACUGUAGUAUGGAAAACAAAGCCUUAGUAGCUUCACUGGAAGGGCUGCAGAGCCAGAAGGAUUCUGAUGCUCCACCAAGACCAGACCGUCUGCUUCUCAAAGAGAAGGGGCAUGCCAUGUGGUCACUACAUGGGCCUGAAAAUGCACUGCCUACAUCUGCAUCUGAGGAUAUGUCUUCAGAUGUCUUAAGUCAUGGUAUUAAAACUGCCUCUCUGGUACCAAACCCCACAUCUCAAGUGGAAUGCUCUUCCAGCGAAACAGUUGAUCAUCAGAGUAGUUCGCUUUUAGUUAGAGCACCCCUCUGUUUUACUAAUCCUCUUCAUUCCGAUGAUUCUGACACAGAUGAGAGGAACGUUGAUGGAGCCAUGACCAAAAGUAUGUCUAAUAUUUCAACCGCAAGUGCCACAGUUUCUGCUUCCACUAGUACUGAAAACAUUUCUGCUAGAAAAGUAUUAUCAAUGUCCAUUGCUAGACAAGAUGUUCCAAGCCUAAGACAUUCUGAAGAGGAAAAAGAUGCUGAUGUGAGUGAAGACUCCUCUCCCCCACUACCAGAAAGAACACCAGAAUCAUUUGUAUUAGCAAGUGAUCAGAAUGCACCUUUGACCAAGCCUGUUACAUUUUCACAAUCUGCUGAAAGGAGUAUACUGCAUGAUCAGAAUCUUCCUGAACAAACAGAAUCUACAGGCUUGAAAACAGCUGGAUGUGUAAAACUUGAUAAUCUUGAAAUGGGCAACAAAACACCAGCUGAUACUAUACCUCAGAUUCCUCUUUCUAGUUCCACUGAUAGAAGAGGUCAAACUACAGAAAUUCCAGUAGAAAUCACAGAUAUUGGUUUUGGUAACCGUUGUGGAAAGCCAAGAGGACCAAGAGAGCCACCAUCAGAAUGGACAUGAUGAAAAAGAAAAUGGUCACUCUGGAAAAGUCAA